GGUUUCCCCGUCGGGCUUCCGGGCUCGCGCGAACCUUCUCUGCAGACAUGUCGGGCUUCAGCCCCGAGCUCAUCGACUACCUGGAAGGGAAGAUAUCCUUCGAGGAGUUCGAGCGGCGCAGAGAAGAGAGGAAGACGCGGGAGAAGAGGAGACUUCAGGAAGAAGGAAAAUUAUCGGCGGAAGAGAACCCAGAUGACUCCGACGUGCCAUCGUCGUCGGGAAUGAGCUCUGCCAGAUCCCAUGUGAGAGAUGUUGGCGAAGGAGAAACCUCCGAUGGCGUGAGUAAGUCGGUUCAGAAGGUCUUUGACUCCAUGCUUGGAGAGACUGAAGAUGAUGAGGAGGAGGAAGAGGAGGAGGAGGAGGAAGAGGAGACCCCCGAGCAGCCCACGGCCGGCGAUGUGUUUGUGUUGGAGAUGGUUCUCAAUCGUGAAACCAAGAAGAUGAUGAAAGAGAAGAGGCCUCGGAGCAAACUUCCCAGGGCGCUGAGGGGGCUCAUGGGUGAAGCCAACAUUCGCUUUGCACGAGGAAAGCGGGAGGAGGCCAUCCUGAUGUGCAUGGAGAUCAUACGACAAGCUCCUCUUGCCUAUGAGCCGUUCUCUACUCUUGCCAUGAUAUAUGAGGACCAGGGCGACAUGGAGAAAUCCUUGCAGUUUGAAUUGAUUGCCGCACACUUAAAUCCCAGUGACACUGAAGAAUGGGUUAGACUGGCAGAAAUGUCCCUGGAACAAGACAAUAUUAAGCAGGCUAUUUUUUGCUACACAAAAGCUCUGAAAUACGAGCCUACGAAUAUCCGUUUUCUGUGGGAGCGAUCAAGUCUGUGUGAACAGAUGGGUGAUCAUAAGAUGGCGAUGGACGGGUACAGGCGUAUUCUCAACCUCCUGCCUGCGUCUGACGGAGAGCGCUUCAUGCAGCUGGCGAGAGACAUGGCCAAGAGUUACUAUGAAGCCAACGACGGUACUUCGGCUAUUAACAUAAUUGAAGAGGCUUUCUCCAAACACCAGGCGCUGGUCUCGGUGGAGGAUGUCAACGUCGCGGCCGAGCUGUAUAUUUCUAACAAGCAGUACGACAAGGCCUUGGAGGUCAUUACAGAUUUUUCUGGAAUUGUGCUGGAAAAGAAAACUUUGGAAGAAGGCGGCCCCUCGGAAGAGAAUAAAGCUGGCGACACUGUCACCUGUGCGAUCCCUGAGGGUGUGCCCAUUGACAUCAUGGUGAAGCUGAUGGUCUGCCUGGUGCAUCUCAACAUCCUUGAGCCGCUUAGCCCUCUCCUGACCACGCUGGUGGAGCAGAAUCCUGAAGACAUGGGCGACCUCUACCUUGACGUCGCGGAGGCGUUUCUGGACGUCGGGGAGUAUAACUCUGCGCUUCCGCUCCUCAGCGCGCUGGUUUGUUCCGAGCGGUACAGCCUCGCCGUGGUUUGGCUUCGCCAUGCAGAGUGCCUGAAAGCCCUGGGCUACAUGGAGCGUGCUGCUGAGAGCUACAGCAAGGUGGUCGACCUGGCCCCGCUCCACUUGGACGCCAGGAUCUCCCUCUCCACCCUUCAGCAGCAGCUGGGCCGGCCCGAGAAGGCGCUGGAAGCGCUGGAACCCAUGUAUGACCCGGACACGCUGGCCCAGGAUGCAAACGCCGCACAGCAGGAGCUGAAGCUGCUACUGCACCGGUCCACGCUGCUGUUCUCACAGGGCAAGAUGUACGGUUAUGUGGACACGCUGCUGACCAUGCUGGCCAUGCUCCUGAAGGUAGCUAUGAAUAGAGCCCAGGUCUGCCUGAUAUCCAGCUCCAAGUCUGGAGAGAGACAUCUCUACCUGAUGAAAGUGUCAAGAGACAAAAUAUCAGACAGCAAUGACCAAGAGACGGCAAAUUGUGAUGCAAAAGCAAUAUUCGCUGUGCUGACGAGCGUCCUGCCGAAGGACGACUGGUGGAGCCUUCUGCUGAAGGCCAUUUACUCCUUAUGCGAACUGUCCCGGUUUGAAGAGGCCGAGCUGCUGGUGGACUCUUCAUUGGAAUAUUACUCAUUCUAUGAUGACAGGCAGAAGCGCAAAGAACUAGAAUACUUUGGUCUGUCGGCUGCAAUUCUGGACAAAAACUUCAGAAAGGCAUACAACUAUAUCAGGAUAAUGGUAAUGGAAAAUGUCAACAAACCCCAGCUCUGGAAUAUUUUCAACCAAGUUACCAUGCACUCCCAGGAUGUGCGACAUCAUCGCUUCUGUCUCCGUCUGAUGCUGAAAAACCCGGAUAACCAUGCCCUGUGCGUUUUGAAUGGACACAACGCAUUUGUGUCCGGCAGCUUUAAGCACGCGCUCGCACAGUACACGCAAGCCUUCCGUGCCCGUCGCCACGAGCCUCUCUACAACUUGUGCAUCGGCCUAACCUUUAUCCACAUGGCGUCCCAGAAGUACGUGUUGAAGAGACAUGCUCUCGUCGUGCAGGGCUUUGCCUUCCUGAACCGGUACCUCAGCCUGCGUGGACGGUGCCAGGAGUCACUCUACAACCUGGGCCGAGCCCUUCACCAGCUGGGGCUGACGCAUCUCGCCAUCCACUACUACCAGGAGGCGCUGGCGCUGCCCCCACUCGCGGCAGAGGGCAUAGAGGUUGACCAGGUGGACCUGCGGAGAGAGAUUGCCUACAACCUGGCCCUCAUUUACCAGAGCAGCGGGAACACGCUCAUGGCGCAGCACCUCCUGCUCACCUACUGCACCGUGUGAAGCCCUCGGCCGGGAGCAGCGCCCUCCGCCUCGGUCUCCGGCUGCAGCGGGGCAGUCCUGGUGCUUAGCCGUCCCUCACCUUUAGGGUGCGCCCCGCAGCGCUGCCGCCCAGGGUGGGUGCGGCUCAGUGCGGGGCGCCGCCUGGCGGGUGGGGCUUGGCUUCCGUCCCCAGCACCGCUACCAGCAGGACAGCUCUCUUCUCUUUCGGUUUGUAUGGAACAUUAAUUUCGCAUAUAGGUCUGUGUAUUUUCUGUCAUUUUCCUUUAGCAUUCUGUAGGAAAAUCAUCUCCAGUGCUGAGAUGGACGGGGUUGCCCCUGGGUCGGGUCGAGUUGUUUUUCAGUGUGCUCUCGUCUGCACUGAGCGACUUACGAGCGGUUCUUUGGGGACGGAACUCACUGGACUGGUCACCCUGAACAGGUGGGCACCGGAUGGGUGCUGGGGACGCAGUCAGAAGACAGACCGCCUGUCCCGUGGCUUUUCAGCUGCACUCCUGACAAACGAGGCAGCUGUCACUCAGCAGGUCUUGAAGUCCUGAACCUGAGUGGGUGUUUAUGUGAAAGAACGCCUUGCCCGUUCACCUUCGGUCUGCUGCUGCCCGCUGAGGCCGUCUUCCCAGUACAGGGAAGGGGAGGAGCUCAUCAGAGAACUCGAGACCUUCAUGACGUUGACAGCUGUUCAGAUCAGUGCCCGACAAAAUUACUUGAAGUGGUGUAUGGUCGGGAGACAAAGAAUUGAUUUAGUCUUUCUUUUUUAACCUGAAUGCAGCUUAGCUGCAUUGAUGGAGGCUUAAUUCAAAGCAUACUCCUCUGAGGCCGGUAAAAAAGGGCAUUGUCUGCAUGUGCGGCUUCCUGAGAAGCAGCAGGGGGUCCUGCGCGGUGACGGCGCAGUUCCCAUCCUGAGGUCCCGGGAACGGAGAUAGAUGGCGUCGUUGUGGGAUACAGCAUUGCUGAGGACGUGUGAAAGAUUAGGGUAAAAACUCUGACUUGCCUCAAGCAUUGUAUGUCCUUAAAUUGCAGGCAGAGGUAUUUGCUAGAUGUCCUAUUGGCUUUAUACCGGUUCUUCAGGGGGAAGAUAAUGGCAUAGUAAGUGACACCAUGCCCACCUGUGGGAUGGACACAGAUGAGGGACGUAGGGUGGGAGACAGACAACGGAAGGCCUUUUGGAAAUUCUUACUGCUGUUCACAAUGUGCAUAUGAAAUGGGAUGUAUAUAACAGGGGAACGUCUACUCUGUGUGUAUAUAUGUAAUUUAAAUAAACACUUUGUAAUUCA